AUGGCCGUUCUGCCGCCUGGUUACUCAAUUAGGAGAAUUGAGCCUCGAGACUACGAAGAAGUGGUCGAAACACUCAAAGUUUUGACAGUAGUAGGCGACGUAACUCGAGCCAAGUUUGAGGAAACAGUCGAAUUCUGGAACAAUUCAACGGUGAAAGCUGGUAAUGCAGAAAUCCGUGCUUACAACCCUCACGUAAUUGUGAACGCAGAAGGCCGAGUUGUUGCAACGGGUACGGUUUUGAUUGAGCGGAAGAUAAUCCGCAAUUGCGGGCUGGUAGGACAUGUGGAAGACAUCGCAGUGGCGAAAGACCAGCAAGGGAAACAGCUGGGACUAUUGUUGAUCCAGUACUUGACACGACUCGCUCAUGAAGCGGGCUGCUACAAGGUGAUUCUCGAUUGUGACGAGAAAAACGUUGGAUUUUAUGAAAAGUGCGGGUAUCGCAGAUGUGGGGUGGAAAUGGACCAUCGAUUGUGA